UUAUUGUAGUGCAUAGUGUGUACCCACACCGUGAAUAUUUUACACGGGCUUAUCUUUCGGUGCAUCUGUUGUCAAAACCGAAACAGAUGAAAAUUGUGUGUCAGUUGUAGUUAAUUUCUUCCGUUCCACAGUUAAUAUUUCAUGACACACCCCACAGACCGUAGCUGCUGUCAUUACUUAGCUAGAACACGUAUCACGUUCUCCUUGUUGGUAACCUAACGCUCUAUCUCUUUUACACUUCAGGGGGAAACCAGAAACCACUCGUUUAUUUAUUUACCUAUUUUCUAGGUUGUGCUUGGUUUUACUACAAAUCAUUGGGAUUAGUUGUUGUCCGCUAAACGAUGGGCGUGGACGCGCAAGGAAGGGCCCCGGCUUCUUCCCUGCGGGUAUAUGCUGGCUGGCCGGCCCCAUGCCUUCCUACGGUCGACAGUCAGUAGCAGCAGCCAAGUUACCGUCGUAGUUUUAAUAAUGAAUGUGUUGAUAAGACUCGAAUGGCAAGAACUAUGUGUACUUAAAGCUAGGCUAAAGAAAUGGUUUGUCCGGUAGUAGGGUGAUGACAGACAGCCUGCGUGCACGGCUGUGGGAGAAAUGAUUCACACCUAGGCCUGAACUCAUUUGUUUACUCAUGUGCGUGAAUAGACAUUGCUCAUUUAGCUAUACGAACUUUAUGAAGGCUGCCACUGCGUCCCUGUCUGAACAUACGGCCCACUGGAACCCAGGGAUUGGCGCGAAGUUUGCGGGUCACUGCGCUUUGAUUUCGGAGUACGGAUGAUGAACAAAGCUGUUUUGUAGAAUUCAUUUUGAUGUUUCAGAAAGGAAAUAAAACAGUCUUUCUUGGCGAUUGCAGACUCCCCGUGCACUGCAUAUAAAUUAAAAGUUGGUCAAGUUUUAGUUUGUAUGCCCUUCCAGCAAUUUUGGCAGUUGCAUCAGGGUGUUUAGAUUUUUAGCCAGACCCAUGGAAGAGAAAACACCAUACACAUUGGUAGCUAAAUGCAGUGUCGUAUAAACACACCAAGAAAAAUAGCUAAUAUUAUAUUUAACAAGCAAUAAGCACAUUCAAUGCAUCUCACACUUAUGAUAAUAUGUGCCUUUUGUCAGAGUAUGGAAAUACUAUAUAGAUCUGCUUCUUCUCUAUCAACCAAGUAUUAGAACUGCACAUUGCCAUACACUUGUGUGGUAUAGUAAAUUAAUUCUAGGCUUUUAAAUGUAGCGACAGCUGGAGUCGAAUGUGAGGAGCGUUUUAUUAUACAAGUCUAAAUUGCUCAGGGGCGUCACACAGAUUGGGCAGCGUGUGCCAAUCCCCUUAAAGAAAUCAUUUCAACACGUUAAUGCAAUUGGUGAAGGACAUUCAUUUCAGGGUUUUCUGAAAAUGUCGAUCCUUUGUUGCAAUUUUUGUGGGCACUGCCCUUGAUGCAUGAAACAACAGCAAAAAUAAUUCCAGGCAUCACCUGAUCAAAGACCCCCUCAGACAGGCCGAUGUGGGCGAUGUUGGCGACCUUUCACGGUGUGCAGCAGGCUGAAUAACAGUGCGAGCGCGCCUCAACAUUUCUUUAUAACGUGCCUCAGUGUAAUGACAUGCUAUGGAGCCCAAUUUUUGAACAUGGAAGCGCGCAGGAGGCCAGAGUCAGCGCUCUCGACCAUCACAGUAAUUAGGUCAAUAGCUGCAGUGCCUAAUUGGCUGCUGCCCGCGAGCGCAUUGUGAGUGUGGAAGGGAGCGGGCCGCAGUGCGUCUGCCCAGGCGUGACACAUUUGCGUUAGAUGGGAAAUCUUGGGUUACCCCCUUGUUGGGCCGUGCUUAUUUCCCCUGUUCCCCUUCUCGCCAUCCGUUUCCAUUCCAUAAUCUUUUUCACUUACGCUCCCCCCCCGCAAGCGCACCCACAUCCUCCUGCUACCCUGCAUUUCUGCCGUCCGGUCCAUUCGCCCUGUUCUCGCAGCCUUUCCCUUCUUUUAUCUGUUCGUUUGCGUGCCCUCCCUGAGUUUAGGGUCACGGAGUAUAGAUCCAAACAAAUGUGGUGCCUGUGGGCCUUCCCAUCUGACAGCUGUACGGAUGGUCACAGGGGUGAAGGAACAGGGAGGAUGAGCAUCGAGUCAGCCAUUAAGACGUUUGUGAUGGCCUUCCUGAAGGCUAGCAAAGGAAGGGAGAACAUGCAGGAGAAGGACUUCCAGAAGCUAGUGACGAAUCAGCUGAAAAACAUCAUGGCGGAAACGGACAGCGCCUCGGCCGUGGACGAGAUCCGCGAGGGCCUGCCCGACAAGCAGGGGGCCAAGCAAGUCGGCUUCAAGGAGUUCAUGGACGUGAUUGGAUGCGUGGCCACGAAGCUGAGCGAGAAGCAGCCGGUCUCAGAGGAACCUGCCGCCGAGAAUCCGGAAGCCCUAUAGAGUCUCUUCUGCAUCGCGUGCCCUCACACUACACACGGCUAUAACUCCUGCACAGAAACGUCCGUAGGACUGCUGGCUAUCCUGCACUAUCCUGCCAUAGAUUUAUCUAAUCCUACUGUUGGCCUCACUCCAAAUAUUAGUCUCGCAUUUCACGCUACAGUAGAUGCUGUACUAUAUACACAUUACACAUGCUGUACUAUUUGCUGUACUAACUGACACAUUUAACACACUGACAGCGUGCGUACAUUUUCAUUAGACUGUAGUGCUGUAGGCUACGCUACAUAGAACGCGCUGUCAAAUAUUCGGCAUCAUUUUCACCCUACUACAGUAACAUAUUGAGCUAAGCUUAAGUGUUGGUUAGUCUUUACUAACCAACAGCUAUGUACCACUGCGUAGAACAGAGUAGUGUGCUUGCGGGAGGGGGGGUGU